AUGGCUCUAUCCGAAGAAGAGGAAGAAUAUCUUCAAAGAAAGGGAAUCCACAAGGACGAAGACGGACUCGAGAAAGAACAAGAGCUCGUAGCAGCCGACACGAAGCCUGCGUCAUCCACGCUGCCUAAAUGUGAUGAUCAACUUCUCAACCUCAAACUGGAACGUAAUGAAAACUAUUUGGAAAAAUGGUACAACAGCUGGAUUAUUGAAGGCGAUGAAUGGUAUGAAACCAUGUUAGAGCAGCAUUCAAACCCCAUCUUCAAGCUGUUCAACGAGACGCACCCUUUGCAGUUCCCCGAGCUAAGAGCAACAUCGCCAUACAAACAUGUUCGCCUAAAUUCAUCCGAUGUCCGCUCAUCCGCCUUUUUUUCACAAAAGCAUAAUCACCUUCAGGUCAUCGUUGAGCUGACUGAAAUCCACCUGACUCCAAAAAAUCCAGAAUACGAGGGUGACUUGUGGAAUUUGGAUGGCCUGCUCAAUGAACAUGUUGUGUCUACAGCCCUGUUCUGCUAUGAUAGCAACAAUGUCACGGAGAGUCAUAUAUACUUCGAUACUGCUAUUUAUCAUGAGGAUUUAGGCUUCGUACCAGAUCCUGACAGCGAAGACACCUUGCGGGCGUUUGAUAUUUCACCGAGAGGCGGUUACCAAGUCAUAGGUCGAAUACUUACCGAUCCUGAUUGGGCUGUUUUCUACCCCAACAUUUACAGACACCGCCAGGGAUCGUUUGCACUUGCAGACCGCUCUCGACCAGGAUACCGCAAGAUUCUCAAGUUAUGUCUUGUUGAUCCAGCAAUCCCUAUCAUAUCGACAUCCAAUGUGCCCCCUCAGCAAACCCACUGGUGGACUGAAUGCAAAGUCCAUAAGGAGGGGGUAAAGAUUACCCAAAGGUUACCGCCAGAGCUGCGUAAAAUUGUGUACAAUUAUGUAGACAUGCCAAUUGGCAUUGCUGAGGCGGAGACAAUUCGACACCAGCUCAUAGGUAGUAGAAUGACGGUUGGGACUCGCAGGCAUUCUUUCUCAGGUGAUGAAGAGUCAGACACGGAUGAUGAGAGUUCAGAUUCAAAUGGAUCUGAUAAUGAAUGA